ACACCAUUUAUUCUCCCCUCUUUUGCGGGCUCGAUAUGAUGUCCCAAAACGCUUUUCAGCUUAGCGUCUAUGGCCUGUUUUCCACUCUGACUAUUUUUGGACAGGCAAUGGGGAACCCGUUGCCUGAUCCAGAAAAAGUGGAUUGUCAAUACGUCCGUUGGUCUCAGUGGACUACGUGCAAUUCGUGCCGCAAUCAGAGGAGUCGAACUCGAGGGAUCACAGCAUUCGGACAGUUCGAAGGGCAGCCUUGUGCCGGAUCACUAGGGGAGAAAGAGGCCUGCUCCGCGCAGGAGGCGUGUGUCAAUCCACCAGCCCCAAACUGCAGCAUCUCGGAGUUCCAGUGCGAGUCGGGCACGUGUAUAAAGAAAAAUCUAGAAUGCAACUACGAUAUCGACUGUGAGGACCAAUCGGAUGAGGACUGUGAGGGCCCGCCGCGGAAACCGUGUCGUAGCAGGGAGCUUGAUACCAACCGACACGGCAGAAGUGCGGGAUACGGGAUCAACAUCCUGGGCUCUUCCCCGGCACAAAACCCCUUCUACAACGAGUACUUCCACGGAUUCUGCAGUCAGAUGUGGGACCCCACACAGCAGGCGCAGAUUAGACUUCCGUGGAACGUUGCAGUGCUCAACUAUGAGACAAAUGUCGAGGAAACAGCUACUAAUGAAGUCUACUCGAACAGCGACAGCCUCGUUAACGAAGUUCUGAAAGAAAACAGUCAUAACAUUGACGGAGGACUGAGCUUCAAGUUCGGGAUAGGGCUCAUGUCAGCAGGCGGCGGCAUCGAGGUCGGACAUGAAACAUCGGACAUAGUGAGAGAAGUCCGUGGGACCACCACGACGAAGAGCCAGAGGUUCGUCAGGGUGAAGGGCAGGGUGCAGUUCGCCAGCUUCCGGAUGCGUCCGCGGAGCCUGCGCGUGGCCGACGAGUUCCUCAACGAAGUUCGGUUCCUGCCCCUCCAGUACGAGAAGAAAGCCUACUUUGACUUCAUGGAGAUAUACGGAACGCACUACACGCGCUACGGCAAGUUCGGAGGGGAGUACCAGCUGGUGUACGUGCUCAACAAUGAGGUCAUCACCAAGAAGGACGUGAAUGAAGAGACACUGAAAAAAUGUCUAUCAGUUGGCGCAAAUCUAGAAGCGGCCGGCAUAGUCUCGGCCAAUAUCAAAAAUAAGGAUUGUGAUUCAGUUACGACCAAAAAAGAAGGGGACAAUACGCAGGAGGCCAUGGUGGAUAAGGUGCACGUAUUUGUGAAAGGAGGCGACAUAGCAGCCGCCGCCGCCAUGAGAACAACCGUCCAGAAGGAAGGGACGAUGGAUGCCGACGUGUACAGAGAGUGGGCUCAGUCGAUCAUAAACAACCCCGCCCUGAUCCACAGUGAGCCGGAGCCGAUCUACACCGUGAUCCCGCUGGACAUGCCUGACGCCAGCACCCGGGUGGCCCACCUGAAGCGCGCCAUCGCGGACUACGUGGCCGAGUACAACAUGUGCAAGUGCCAGCCGUGCCAGAACGGGGGCACGGUGGCGCUCGUCGACGGCCUUUGCCUGUGUCUCUGCCCGCACAUGUUCGACGGCCUGGCCUGCCAGAACUUCAAACCCGAGGGAGCGCACAUUAACUUGCCGCGGCCCAGGGUGGCCCAGCUGGGGAACUGGGGCUGCUGGAGCUCCUGGUCGGCAUGCCUGCACGACCGCCACCGCCUCCGCUCCCGCACCUGUACCGAGGGCCUGCACGGGGCCGGCUGUAGCGGGUCCGCCCAGGGCCGGGAGGAGUGCUGAGGCGCCAAGCACACACUCACACACACACACAUGCACACUUAGACACACACAUGGACACUCACAUAAACACAUGAACCCUCACACACACACACACACACACACACACACACACACACACACACACACACACACACACACACACACACACACACACACAC